UUGAUUUCAUUUCUCAUUGUGACAACGACUAAGACGGAUUUAUUAUUAUGAUUUUCCAGCUGCACUUGAAAAGACUUGCAGAGAGGCAUCAAAUGAUAAGGUUUUCUUGUUUAACUUUACUCCUGCUCGUGCAAGUAUGCAUCCUGCCUUAUGCUCAUAGCCAAAACGCGAACAAUGCAGAAAAAGCGGAAACGGAAACUUGUGUUGCGCCCAAUGGCUCGCCGGGUCAUUGUCUGGUCUAUACGGAGUGCGCUAACUUGGCGCUUUGGCGAAGGCAACAUAAUCUGCAAAAUAGCGAGGAUUUGAAGAAAUUGCUUUGCGCAAACGAUGAAAUUCACGUUUGCUGCAACCACACCAAUCCCUACUUAACCGACACCGACACCGAUUACUUGAAACACUUGAAUCCUGACGGCUUGGCCUUGCUCCAAGCAGUGCAAUGUACCCGACCGCUUACCGAUCGUGUUGCCAAUGGAAAAAAUGCAAUACUGGGCGAGUAUCCAUUUAUGGCAUUGUUGCGUUAUGACGUUGUCGGACGUCCAUUCUUAUGUGGUGGCUCGUUGAUAACAUCUUGGUUUGUGCUAACGGCCGGUCACUGCAUCACACCGACUUUAAUCGGUGUUCGUUUGGGUGAAUAUAAUCUCUCUACCGAGAUUGACUGCGUUGGCGGAACUCUGUGUCUGCCAGAGGCAGAAAAUUUUCUAAUUGCACAAAAAUUCAAGCAUCCCAAUUACAAUAAUCCAAUGUGGACGCACGAUGUUGCCUUGCUAAAACUGGAUCGUGAGGUGAAAUUUAAAGUACAUAUUAAACCUAUUUGCCUGCCUAUUUCACCACUUGUCUUUGAAUACAAAAAUUUGCCAAAACAUUACUACGUUGCCGGUUGGGGUCAUACGCAGAAUACUACUUCCAGUGAUAUUUUGCAACAUGCUAAAAUUCCCCAUCAAGACCGCAAUAUUUGUGAAAGAAUUUUCGCACCUCAUGGCAUAGGAAUUACUUACGACCACAUUUGUGCGGGUGGUGAGGAUCGUGUCGAUACCUGUAAGGGCGAUUCCGGUGGACCACUUUUUACAUCUGUGCCUUUCAAGAAAAUGAAUAGAAUAACAUUUAAUCGUCAAGUACAAUUUGGUAUUGUCUCUUUUGGCCUUAUUGGUUGCGGUGAUAAUAAUACAAAGGAGGCGGCCUAUGCAAAUGUGUUUGAAUAUAUGCCGUGGAUCACGAAUAUUUUAGCAUUAGAAACAUAAGUAGAUACCCAUAAUUUUUGUACAGACAUUUGUUUAUGUAUUUAAACAGAGUUUCAAAAAGUGAAAUGGUAUGCACGCGCAUACCAACAACGGAUGAGGGUUAAAAGCGGCUUGUAAUAUAAAAUUUAUUAAAAUAU